CGUUUUCAUUUCAGUUUCAGUGUAGAUUCGUGUUUUGUGUCGUCGUUGUCGUGCUCUGUCGAGACUCGAAUUUAAUCAUUUAAAGAAAAUAAAAAAAAAAUAUUUAGCAAGAGAAUCCACCAAAAUAUGUGAUAUUUGUUCAAAAAAUCACGAGGAAAGAGAGAAAAUAUCCAAAGAGGAAAAUUAAUUGUGCGUAAAAGUGCGAGAGUACGAGAUAAAUAUUUAAAAAUAUAUAAAAAAGGAUAAAACCAAAUCACACAAAAAUGGCAUUAUUACAAUCGGUCGCAAUCGCCAGCAUCAUAUUUUUAGUUGUGCUUGUCCAAUCAGGAAUUGCCAUCAGAUGUUACGAAUGUAAUUCGCACAAUGACAGUAGAUGUGCCAUGGAUAUCCCUCCAGAAGAGCUUUCAAUCGACUGCGAAGAACACAAAAGCGGAGUAAAAUACACUUUCUGUCGGAAAACCACGCAAGUCAUCGAAUUCUCCGUUAACAAUCUGCCUCCAGACAGUCGCAUCAUUCGUGGUUGCGGAUGGGAUGACUCCAACUACAAAGGACGUUGCUAUCAACGUUCCGGAUUUGGAGGUCGUCAAGAAGUUUGUGCCUGUUACGAUGACAACUGCAACUCAGCUUCAAGCGUCAGUCUAGGAUUUGGUCUCAUCGCUGCCAGUUUAGCCGUCAUUUAUGGAUUAUUUUAAAUUUUGAUAGUCCAUGAAAAGACAAAAUGAGCAAAAAUUUAAAAUUUCCGGGGAUUUAGCAAGUUUUUUUUUUUAUUAGAAGUCAUACUCAGUUUGAAAGACAAUUUCUUAGAAAAAUUUUAGGAUAAAAAUGGUGUUAAUUUUAAAAUUCAUCUUAAAAUGUUGUUGAACUCUCAGUUGUUAAGUUUUAGUUUUCUUUUGUGAAUAAAAUGAUUUAUUUUUUUGGCACAA